AUGGUCGGUGGAUCUGGUAGAUCCAAGGGCUGUCACACGUGUCGAAGGCGGAAGAAGAGAUGCACCUUAGAACGUCCGAUCUGUGACCGAUGCAAAAAGUCUGGCCUGGCAUGUAUCGGGUAUGAUGUCCAUGUAUUCGUGAAUACGACGGCGACGAGCACAGGUGUUGCCGUCACUCGCAGCGAUUUCGAGGUUACGCUGCGUCAUUCGUUAAAUCUUGCGGCUUAUGAAGAGCAGUACCUCGGUCUUUUUUGGGACAUUUACUUGCCAGGCGCGUCGCCACCGGCAAUUGGGUCCUGGGGAAGCUGGGUAACUGUCGCACGAGACAUUUCGUCUAAUAACGAUGCGGUCAGAAAAGCUUUGUUGGCGGUAUGCAUGAUAUUGGUUGGUCAGAACGAUGCUAAACCGUGGAUGGCUCAUGAGAGCCUCAAGUUGUACACCAGUGCCCUCGACAACGUUCGAAAUAGUCUAAGCUAUACCUCCACAUGGUACUCAGACGCAACGCUUGUCGCCUCGAGAGCAUUGAGUGCAUACGAGCUGUUACGUGGACCGGACACCGAACCCAACUCACCGUACUCGCAACCGAAGAAUUGGGUCAGCCAUCACCUAGGGCAGACUGCCAUCAUCACAAGACGCAGUCCAAUUCACUAUACGGACGGCCGAGCGCAUCGUCUUUUUGUAGACGGCCGUCUGCAGCUGGCUAUCGCGGCAUGUUUGAGCAACAAGCGAACCUUCCUGUCCGAUCCCAUGUGGACCAGCAUCCCGUGGUCACACAUGUCCAAGAGUCCAAAGGAUCAUCUGAUCGACAUCCUUGUCAAAAUCCCUACCCUUUUCGAAGACAUUGAUGCCUUGGCGCUGCACGCGCACUCUGGUGGAAGCAUUGCAUAUCGCAUUCGCACCACCUAUAGCUGUAUCAUGACGGAGCUCAGAACUUGGCGAGAAACGAAGUUUCCGCAUGACGAGCUCAGUGCCCUGGAAGCGCGCAGAGAUCAGGAGCCGACCACCAAGGAUGUCUUGGCCGCACAUCUGUUGACGCUCUACUGGACCAUGUGUCUGGUAACCAACAACAUGAUGCGUAUGGCGGUCUCGCUGUCACCGGACAGCGACCCCGGGCUGCAAUUCCGUGAGCAUCUCGCGAAAUCUUCACUGGACGGUCACUGUCAGCAGAUUUCUGACGUUGUGGGGGUGCUGUUCCACCCUGCUGCUGGCGUAUUCGGCGCCCAGUUCGCCAUGUUUCCCAUUACCUGCUCCCUUCUGUAUCUCACAAAGACGCAGCAACUGGAAACGGAGCUCGCCGAUCGCUUUCUGGAGAAACUCUCCGUGCAGACGAACCACAAAGGCCUGCAAAAGUUCAUUCUUGGGGUGGUCAAAGAACGGCAGGGGCUGAGAGCUGUCUAA